AUGCAAAAUUGGAAAAUUUUUCCUAAAUUAGCAAAAUUAGACGAUGAUACACUUGUAUUUUUAGCUCCACUUAAUCCAAUAGCGAAACUAAAUUUAGUGAAUAUCGAUGAUAUAGAUCCUAUUGUUCGUGAAAUAUUAGCAAAUCCUGAAAAAUUUGUUGGUUCAAAUGGUUUGAAGAAUAUGAUCUCUCUUAUUUUCUGUGCAAAUGUGAGUAACAAUCAUAGUCAUUGCAAUGAUCAUUGUGAACAAUCGUAUCAACAAUGUGUAUCUCAAUCGGAAUAUUCAUCAUCAUCACAUCUACUAUGUGUUUUACCACCUGAACUUGUUAUUUACAAUAUACUUCCACAUUUAACAUAUAUUGAUUUAUAUUCGCUUUCACAAGUGAACAAAACUUUUAAAACAUUAAUUGAUACAAAUGAUCAACUGUGGACAGAUGCCAUUAAAAAUGAAAUGGUAGAUGGACCACCACCACUAGAUGAAAAAGUAUUCGAAAAUGAAAAAUUAAGAUUUCAAUGUUUGUACGAACGACGAAAGAAACAACCAUGGAAAUGUGUACAUCAUACGACUACGUACGGUUUGCAGUAA